AUGAAGUGGUUCACUCAGAUCACAGCUGCGCUGCUGGCCACUAUGGCACUGGCAGCACCCGCGCCAAAGCCACCGUCAGAUGAGACGUCAUUCUACAAUCUCCGGAUUACCAGCAAAGCAAACAAGUUCCUCGACGGCAAGCUCCUCUCGGUCUACCAGAACCAAGUCGGCGUGCACCCGGGCUCCCCGCCGGUGCGCUUCUUUCCCGUCCAGGUGUCUGACGGCACGGCCGAAAAGGCCCAGUACCAGCUGCACACGCACCCGAUCGGGAUCGUCGAGUGCGUGCUGGGGCUUGUCAGCUCCGACGGCCUGGGCACCCUGACGCAGAUCAGCAGCCCGUACCAGAUCGAGUAUCCCGACGGCACCAGCGCUGACUGGUCGUCGUGGGCCAUGGUCGAGGGCAGCGACGGCGUCGACGGCGAGCAGGGCAGCAGCUACCUCGACUACCUCGGCUCGCCCGGUGGGAGGUGGAUUGCUUUCCCCUCGGGUGAGCAGGAUAGCUGGGUUGUUACCUGGGAUGAUGGUACCGCCACCAUCCCCCAGCACUAUAUGCCUAUCAACGUGACCUACGAGCAGGUCGAAUGA